AUUAUAACAAGUCCCAACUUUCCUCUUGACUAUGACAAUGAUAAGAAAUGCAUCUGGCGAGUAAGUACUUCAGAUGCUGGCCUUAUUAUAAAAGCAACCUUCAAUGAAUUUGAUCUACAAUAUAACACAAUAUCAGGAGACUGCCCAUUUGAUAGUCUGACAUUUUCAGAUGGUGACUCAUCUGGUGGUGAUGUUAUUGGAAAAUACUGUGAUACCAUUUACCCUGAGGUUAUUUAUUCAACUGAAAAUGGAAUGUACAUUGAGUUCCAGAGUGAUAGCUUACAUACAUACAAGGGAUUCGAGAUCACUGUUUCGGCAGUAAAAGCAGGUACCCACAAAAGUAACUAA